AUGGAAGUAACAUCACCCCACGCGUUCACUGCGAUUGCCCUGCAAACUCUGCAACAGCCGAGUGAGGCUCAGCAACGUGCGCACCUCCAAAGACCACGUCAGGGUCCUUUCAUCGCCGGCUGCUCGUCGGCACACGGCGGCUCAGCUUCUGGCCCACUUCUAGAAAAAACCUCAACACCUAGGCGACGGAACGCGGAUGCAUUAGACUGUAGUUCCCACUCAGUCGGUGAUUUUCUCGGCGCAGUAAAACAGCCCUAUCCGGCCACCCUCCACCAGCAAUUGGCCCGCCAAGCUCCGCGUCUGUUGCCAUCUGAAAUUCGGCCCUUCAAAGCCUGCGCUGAUCCGCCGCUGGGGACAUGCCCCCAGACCCAGGACCAAAGCGACACGCCCCUCAUGUCCGACUACAGGUACGGCACGCAGUCAGAUGCGUAUGCUGCUGAGCACGACCACUCUCUGCGCAACGGCGCGCCCGAGAAAGAGACCAAGCUGGGCAACACCUACUCUGGAUCCGGAGACGAUGUCGUUCCCGCCGAUGCCGACAACCUUCUGGCUGCCAUGGGCUACAAGUCGGAACUGAUUCGAUCAAGAUCCACUCUCCAGGUGGCCUUCAUGUCCUUUGUCCUGGCUUCCGUCCCUUAUGGCUUGGCUACCACCCUCUACUACCCUGUAGUUGGCGGAGGUCCCACCAACAUCAUCUGGGGAUGGCUCGCCGUAUCGCUUAUCAUUCUCGCAGUCGCCGCAUCCCUUGGUGAGAUCACCAGUGUCUACCCGACCAGUGGUGGUGUCUACUACCAGACCUUCAUGAUCACGCCGCCCGCCUAUCGGAAAAUCGCUUCGUGGAUCUGUGGCUGGUGUUUCGUAGUUGGCAACAUUACCAUUACUCUAUCCGUCAACUUUGCUACCGCGCUGUUCCUUGUGGCAUGCGUCAAUGUCUACGAAAGCGAACCUGGUGUUGGUAUCAUGGCAGGAUCACCCUACCAGGUCUUCCUCAUCUUCCUUGGCAUCACACUCCUUUGCAACGCCGUGUCUGCCUUUGGAAACAAAUACCUACCAUGGUUGGAUACUUUUGCCAUCUUCUGGACCUUUGCUGGUGUGAUUGCCAUUAUCGUCUGCAUCCUUGCCAUUGCGAAAAAUGGUCGCCACAGCGCCGAAUACGUCUUCACUGAAUUCGACCCCUCCAACUCCGGAUGGAUCCCAGGAUGGUCUUUCAUGGUCGGACUACUGCACGCAGCCUACGCGACUUCAUCGACCGGAAUGAUCAUCUCCAUGUGCGAAGAAGUUCGCGAACCUGCCACUCAGGUCCCCAAGGCCAUGGUCGCGACCGUCGCGUUCAACACCGUUGCCGGCCUCGUCUUUCUUAUCCCUCUCGUCUUCGUACUGCCCGACCAAGCCAUGCUCGCAGGUCUUUUGUCCGGCCAGCCUACGCCUGUCAUCAUCAAGGAAGCCGUAGGGUCCUCCGCUGGUGCCAUCGGACUUCUUGUUCCCCUCCUCGUCCUCGGUCUGCUUUGCGGUAUCGGCUGCACGACAGCUGCGUCUCGCGCUACCUGGGCCUUCUCUCGUGACGGUGCCAUUCCCGGCUACAAGCUGUGGAGGGUCGUCAACACCAACCUCGAUGUCCCAGUCAACGCCAUGAUGCUCAGCAUGGUGGUCCAGAUCGCUCUCGGUCUCAUCUACUUCGGUGCUGCCGCCGCUUUCAACGCCUUCUCCGGUGUUGGUGUCAUUUGCUUGACAUUGAGUUACGCUGCUCCUAUCUUUGUCUCGCUCAUGACUGGACGUAAGCAAGUCAAGGAAGGCCAGUUCCAUCUCGGCAUGCUCGGCACGUUCUGCAACGUCGUUGCCCUUGCCUGGUCUGCCCUUGCAACCCCUCUGUUCUGCAUGCCCACUUUCCGCGAAGUUACGCCUGCGUCCAUGAACUACGCUUCCGUCGUCCUUGCCGCCGUCGUUGUCAUCUCAACCAUCUGGUACUUCGUCUGGGGAAAGAAGAACUACGAGGGCCCACCUACGCACGAGGAUGCUGUCCUCGAGGCCAGGAGAGCCAGCAUGGCUAGUCGCUAA